UAGUCCCUUCACAGUUCGCCAACCAAAACGCCUGAUCUGAGGCUUCGCCGGCACUGUUGACGAAAUUAAAUUAACACGCCUCUCUUUAUUAAUUAUUAUUCGGUUAAUUACUCAUCAGUGGAAAAAUCAAAAGAGGCCAAGAUCUCUAAUCACCUCUCUCCUCUCUCGCCGAUCUAAUCUCGUUCUCACCGGGUAUAAUUGAUUGUAGAACUAGUUCUCAUGUUCCGCAGAAAGCACAAUACGCAUAAUAAUCACGAGGAUGACGAUGUCUACCAGGAGCAGAAGAUCAAUGAGCUAAAAGCUACAAUUGGACCAUUAUCUGGCCGCAAUGCAAAGUUCUGCACUGAUCCCUGCCUGAGGAGAUAUUUGAAAGCUCGGAGCUGGAACGUUGCUAAGGCCAAACAUAUGUUCGAAGAGUCACUAAAGUGGAGGUCCACUUACAAGCCAGAGGAAAUUCGCUGGAAUGAAGUUGCCCAUGAAGGUGAAACUGGGAAAGCAUACAGAGCAAAUUUCAUGGAUCGAGAGGGGAGGACUGUUCUUGUGCUAAGACCGGGCAAACAGAACACAAAAUCUCAUGAUAAUCAACUUCGUCAUCUCGUGUAUCUCAUAGAGAACGCAAUUCUAAAUCUACCUGAGGGUCAAGAGCAAACGGUGUGGUUGAUUGACUUCACUGGCUGGUCACUAAGUAACUCAGUGCCAAUAAAAACCGCUCGAGAAACAGCAAAUAUUUUGCAAAAUCAAUAUCCUGAGAGGCUUUCUUCUGCAUUUCUUUACAAUCCUCCUAGAGUCUUUGAAGCCUUUUGGAAGGUUGUCAAAUUGUUCCUGGAUCCUGUGACAUUUCAGAAGGUGACCUUCAUUUACCCAAAGAAAGAAGAAACUAUGGAACUCAUGCGGAAAAACUUUGAUGUCGAUACCCUCCCCAUGGAGUUUGGAGGAAAGAACAAGAUAGAAUACAACCAUGAAGAUUAUUCUGCAUUGAUGAAUAAGGAUGAGACAAAAUCAACAGCCAUAAUGAGGGAGUUGGAGGAGAAGCUAACCCUUACAACCAACGAGAAAUGCCCUUUGGAGGCAGCAUCUGAAACCCCGCUAGUUCUGACUCAAGCAAGUUGAACCAAAGCUUGGUUGAACUACAGCACCGCAGCAAACGUUUCUUUUCAUUGUAUGACAACACUGUACACAAACGGAAAAGGAGAGAAAUAAUAAUAAUAAGCAGUUUCUAGUGAGAACUGCAUCUGAGCAUGUUGAACUAUGGAGAUUGAUCCAAAAUGCUUUGAAUUUUCAGUUA